UGCGGAGAGCAGUCGAAUCUCCAGACAUUUGCAUAACUAAAAGAUAUGUUAUCAACGGCGAAGAAUCAGCUGUUCAAUUUUAAAAUCCUAAUUUUCGCUAAUUUCCGUCCAGGUUGUCAGUUUUUAAACGACAAGAAAUCUUUCCAUUACACAAUACUUCCAUAACUGUCCGAGGAGCGCACUAAAUAUUUAGUUUUCGGGAGGCACUUUUAUUAGAAAGCAAAUCUGUUAUUAUCAAAACGGCUGUCAGUUCACUAGAGAUUUUUUUUGACUCGCUGGUGUUGGGUUGUACGUUUCUAAAGGUGCCCAUCUAACUGAAGUCAACAUGAAGUGCUUCGUCUUCGUUCUUCUGACUUGUAAUUCCAACAACGACUGUGGCGAGGAUGGUUGCUGUUUUUGGACAAAGUCGUGCUUUAAAAAACCAGAUGAAGGCGAGCCGUGUUCGAAAGAGAAGUCGUUUUGUCCCUGCAGGUCGGGACUGGAGUGCACCAAAUAUGAAGAAUACAACGGUCAAAAAUUUUACCGCUGUUCGAAACCAGAUAUCACUAACCUUGCGUAAAAUUAAUGAGUCCUCCUUCUGAGGACCAAACACUAAAGCCAAAAGAUUUAAUCGUCUCAUUUCAAGAAGUUUUUGAAAAAUAUUUGGUGCUUCAAUAAAGAUAAAUAAUCAAG